AUACCGUCACCACUUCGUGUCCUGUAUUCGAAACUAUCAGUCGUGAACUUAUAAAUAGCGAACUUUUUUUUUUUUUCUUUUUUUCAACAAGUUCAGUUUUUUUCUCGGCGAAAAAAAGAAAAUGGCUUCUGCGUUUUUGACUCUCGUUACGGGUGCGUUAUUAUUAUUGUGCUUCUACCUCUAUUUAAAAUACACGUAUUGGAAGAGGAAUGGGAUUCCGUACAGCAAAGGAUACUAUCCGAUAAUCGGUCAUUUUCUACCUCUGAUAAUGAAGAAACAAAGUUACAGUGAAAUAAUCGAAGAGAUAUAUCGCGAUUCGAAUCACAGUAUGGUUGGAAUGUACAAAGGAAUGAAACCGGUGCUGAUUCUUCGCGAUAUCAAUUUGAUUAAAACCGUGUUGCAAAGUAAUUUCUCGAAAUUCCACGAAAAUGCGGUUAAAAUCGACCCAAAAUUGGACCCUUUGUUAGCGAAAAAUCCAUUUUUCUGUUACGGAGAAUUAUGGCAGACGGGAAGGAAACGUUUGACUUAUGCGUUCAGCAACGCGAGAUUAAAAAUCCUUUUCGCAGCCGUGUACGAAGUGUGUACAAAAUUUCGAAACUUUUUGGACAGGCGGCUAGAAUCGAGUAAGAAAUACGAAGUCGAGUUGAAGUCGUUGUUUCUAAAAUUUACGAGCGAGGUUGUGGCCAAUGCCGGCUUAGGAAUCGAAGGCUUCUGUUUCGAGGAUGACAAGGUACAAUCCAUGUUUACCAACCUCGACAAUAACGAUUUCUUGGAUACGUUUUUAAUUGGGAUCAUCGUACAUUUUCCCUUUCUUACCAAACUAUUGAGGAUACAAUUCCUGCCUACGAAACACGACAAAUUCUUCAGGACAGUGGUGAAGAAAAAUUUAGAGCUGAGGAAGAGCGAUCCGAUACCCAGAAACGAUUUCAUCCAAUUAAUGAUCGAGAUGGAGCAGACGGGAGAGAAGAUCGACGAGGAGAUUGUGGCGGCUCACGCGGUUUCCUUCUAUCUGGACGGGGUCGAAACGUCCAGCGUCACGCUUAAUUUCAUCGGAUGCCAAUUGGCCAUUCACCAAGACGUCCAAGAAAAAUUGAGAAAGGAAGUGAGAUCGACGCUCGAGAAACACGGAGGCGUGUUAACGUUCGAGGCUCUCAAGGACAUGACGUACAUGAACCAAGUGAUCAGCGAGUCGCAAAGAUAUUUCUCGGCUCUAGGUUUCCUGGGCAAAAUAUGCACGGACGAGUUCGAAUUGCAAGGCUCGGACGGAUUGAAUUAUCGCGCGAAACCUGGCACCGAAUUAUUGAUACCGAUCUGUGGAUUGCACAAAGAUCCGAAAUAUUGGGACAAUCCAGAGAUAUUCGAUCCGGAACGAUUCAGCGAUGAGAAUAAGCAAAGAAUAGAAAAGAUGGCGUUCAUUCCGUUCGGCGAAGGACCGAGAAUUUGCGUAGGAAUGAGAAUGGCUAUGCUCCAGAUGAAGAGUUGUUUGGCUACAUUGAUGAAAGACUACAAACUCGAGGUUUCGCCGAAAAUGCAACUACCGUUGAAAUUGUCGCCGACUUAUUUCCUGUCGGCCCCGUUAGGUGGUGGUUGGGUACUCAUUUCGAAAGCCUGAAGCCUUAUCGAGAAAUUAUACAUACAUGUAUAAUUGUGCAGUCAAAGUUCGAGUUGAUUGUUAUUGCGAUCUUUAUUGCUCGUGUUUAGAAGAAAAAUUCGAUAUAGAGGAAUGUUCGCGUUACAUGACAUUCUUACAGAUACAUUAUCUUCAAGAGAUAAACGAUAAUAAAAUUUUGCUCUUAUUUUUUUA